AUGGCCACUGCUAUGCUAAAGUGGAAUAUUCAGCUUACCCUUACAGGUUUAUUUUUAGACAUAGUGAGCAACAGCAAUAGGAUUUCUGCACGGAAUCUAAAGCAGGACAUGAAAAGUAAAAAGCUUUCAGACAGUCAACACAAACAUUUCUGGAUACAUCUUGAUUUACAUAUUUUAGGAAGAAUAAUGAAGUUUAUCUUGAUUGUGAUGGUUUUCGUCGUGUCGAUCUAUGGGGUGGUUUGCACUAGCCCACCUAUUUGUCCUCCAUGUAACACAAGUGAAUGUCCAUCUGUGGGACCAUGUCCUUGUGGAACGUACAAAGGUCAAUGCAAUUGUUGUGAUUUCUGCGCUGGUUGUCCUGGACAACCUUGUAACUAUUUAGGGAGUCAGGAGUGUCAAGGCAACAGGCUUUGUGAAGUUCCAGCAGGAUCAUCUUCUUGGGACAUCUGGUACGGCAGAGCCACAGGUAUUUGUCCACUAUAAGCGGAUAUUUGAGGGCUGACACUUACGAUGACGUCUUGAAUGAUGUUUUCUCCCAGUUCCGCAUCAGAAAAAAGUCGAAAUUUCAUUUUUUCCGUUAAUAGUGUUUGCAAUUCAAAAAUUAUUAUAAAAAUGAGUCAAUGUUAUUCUAAGUGAAUUUUUUGCCCCAGUACGAGAUUCACGUAUUUUUAUUUUAAUUGGAUAUUAAAAGUUAAAUAUUG